CACAUAUGUUCCCGAGGCCCCGUGAGUGUUCAGUUUAUCCUCGGUUCAUGGACGAUGGUGUUGAGAGGAGCAGCAGCCUUGUUGUUGACAGUGUGCCUCCGUCUGGCUACACUGGACGCCGCCUGCCUCAACUCCCUCUUCUGUUACGAUGACUUGUAUCUUAAUCGUGGCAGCUUCGUGAUGCUGUACUCGAACCUGGAGAAGAGAUCAGCUGUCACCUGUGCUGUUGUGUGUCUCCAACGGUGGCCAGAGACGAGUAUAGUGAUGGCCAAGCUGGUGGAUGUUAACCAGCGUCUGGGGUGUGGCUGUGGUGACGACACGGCACUCAGUAACCACUCCGGGACAGUGCAUGAUUACUACGACUGUUAUGUGUGUCCCGACGGUGACAACCAGAAGUGUGGGAGUGAGAGGACCACCAGUGUGUACCGGGUAGAGCACAACAGCGAGCUAUGUGCCCGGGUACACUUCACACUGCCUGAGGUAAUAAACUACACCACAACUACCAUCACCGCACCAGAGCUUCCUUCCUUCACGACCCCAGCCAACGGGACACUGAUGCUUCCCUCCACCAACACCACACACAACACCACCACCAGGCUACACAGAGUCAUCACACACUCGGGGCCGCCUCAGCUGGUGUACACAGGCUGCUAUAACGAGAACCACAUCAACGAGUCCCUGGUGAUGACUAUGUUGGUGGAGCGUCCUGGCGCCAACAUCACCCACUGUGCCAGAACCUGUGGCCUCGCUCACCCCUCCGCCGACCUCUACCUCGUGAAGCUCCUCAAACUUGAUCGUCUCUACUGUGGGUGCGGGGUGACUUUAGCUCUGGGGAAGGACGCCGAGGAGGGUAACUGUGACUUAUACUGCCAGGAUGACUUCAAGCAAUCCUGCGGCGGGUGGGUGUCCGUCAGCGCCUACACCAGGAGAACUAACGGUGGUGGUGGUCAUGUGGCAUCAUACACCUCCUGCACCCCACUGAUGACUCUCCUCUUCCUCCUGCUGGUGAUGUGACCUCUCUCUCUCUCUCUCUCUCUCUCUCUCUCUCUCUCUCUCUCUCUCUCUCUCUCGUGUGUGUGUAAGAUCCCUGUGAGCUGUGAUUCUGAACCGAGCCAAUAAAGAGCAAUUUA